AUGUCGGAAAGACGUAAUAAUUCACUCGAAAAGAUAACACUUAUUCAGGCGCUUAUCAGAACUCAUGAGUGGAGGCGUGGAAUCAUCACUUCCAAUAUCGUUAAAGCCGAAGUUGGGCAAGAAUGCGCAGACUGCGCACAGUUCCGAAGUGCACUGCUGACAAUUACAAUUUGCGGGAAUGCCAAAUGUGAAACAGACUCGAUUUGGUCAAGUGGUUCCGUUAAGCUGACCGUUGGUUGUGAUUUGAUCAUUGAAGGGCAAGUAAAACAUUUGAAUUUGAAUGUAUCCUGUGCUGGCAGCGUCACCAUCGCUGAAGAAGCUGUCGUUAGCCAGCGGCAGUGGGCCAAGGUCAGUUACUGA